CUCUUGGCAUUUGGCAGUUCCAGUGGCGGAUGAUAAUUGUGGACCAGUUAGCUGUGUAGCUUUCGCAGCCAAUGAUGACCACUUGAUAGCCAUAGCUACUACUCGCGGACAUCUAAUGGUGGCUGAGAUUGAUCCGGAUAAACAAGUGGUAUAUAAGAGCAGUUGGAAUAUCAUCUACCAGUGCAACACAUUUACCAAACAUGCCAUCAAUAUUCUUAAAUGGGAUUCAUAUUAUGACUAUCGGCUUUACAUAUGCGAUGAAAAUGGACAGACAUUUGUGUUGCAUAACGUGCGUGAUAUGAAAAAUUUGAUGGUUAUGCCACAGCCAUAUGUCAUCUUAAAACUAAUGGCUAAAAUCUAUCAAUUGGAAGUGUUUGGAGACUUAUUACUGUUAUCGACUCAAUACAAGUGUGUCCUAUAUGAUACCUGUGCCGGUGAACUGACCCAAAUCGGCAAACGCACCAUUAAGUCAGAUACCAGGUAUGGAGUGUGCUUUUUUGCCAAAUACCUGAUCGCCAGUAGGGAUAGCCUUAUUUAUAACUGUAUUUACUGUUCACGACCCAAAUCACGGCUCUGGGAAUGCGAUCUCAAAGGAAACGUCAAAUUUACUCACAUUUUUAAAGAUUUACUCAUCAAUCAAGUGUCCCAACAGAUAGUUAAUGGUGAAGACAUUUGUCUUGCGAGAAGUGAUGGUAUUGGAUGUAAUGUUGAAAAAGAUAGCAAAGAAAACAGGGAUACCACUGAUGGCACGCGUCCGGCACCGACUCAAAUGCCAACAUUUGAGAAACUGUGUGCCAUAACUGUUGACUGCGAGGACAUGAAUCUUAUGGUAACCUAUAAUAACGGUCCCAAAGUGUGUCUAUAUAUCAUAAAUCCCAUCAAUGCCUCUAUUGUCAGCUAUUGUGUAUUAAACGUGUCUUACAUUCACGAUAUGUAUUGCUUGAAUAGCGACAUAUAUCUGCUAUUUGAUCAUCAAAAAGGAGACAAAAGGCCAAAGAUGGCGAAGAUCUCGUUUCUAACUCUUGAACAAUGUCUUCAAGUAUUUGUCGAGAACAAUGAGUUUACAAAAGGUGCCGACUUUCUGGUAAAACAUUUACAGUAUUUCAAUGAAACCUAUUGUCAAUCAACAAAAAUCAAUAAAACUAAAAGUUAUUUAACAUUCAAUAAACUCGUUCAACACCUUUGGUCUAAUUUAAAGGGCAUUAAAAUGCACGAAAAAUAUCAAAUAAUACAACAUCUUAUCUCGGAUACCAAUAAUGACGAUAAUAAUGAUGAUAACCAACCAAUUGAUGAAAGCCGUGAAGUGCUUCUUAGUUCGUCAUCAACUGAAUCGAUGACUUCCGAUACCUAUUCUAAUAAAGUCUAUACUAAUGGUAUGUAUUUAACGAAUAAGUUGGGUCUGGGAUUGGGUUGUGAUUAUGACUAUCCAGGAAUUGAUGUAAUGGAUAUCGGGUUUACUGAACUGAAAAAACUUAAAAACAUUGUUUUAUCAAAGUUUAACAAUAAUACUAACCAAUUGUCGAUUACUGACAUCAAUAAUUUGGAGCCACCGCUACUUUCAUCAGAUAUCAGACAAAAACAACACCAAAAGCUGAUAACAAUUGCAUCAACAACUCAAACAACAAUACAACCGAUUCAGGAAAAUAAUAGCCAACAAAACAAUAACGAAAUCAAUUGUUUUCUAAAUGAAUCCGAGAUGAAUAAAUCAGAUGAUGAUAACAGCAAACAAAACUAUUUAAUAAUAUGUAUGGAAAAUAUGGAAAAGGAUUUAGAAAACAGCGGUGCCCUAAAAAACUAUAGGUGCGAAUGUAGUGCACCACUUCCUGGCUCUCAUCAUAAUCCGUGUGAAUUACAACAACAGAUCCAUGAAUUUCUUAUGGAUAACAAAGAAUUGUUAGAGUAUUCGGUGUUUGAUUUGCUGGACAUCAGUAAACGUACGGCCAUUUGGUCAUUACAUAUGAACCUAAUGCUCGGUAGCGGCGAAUACGAGAAAUACUUAAAAUACUGUCUUAUGUUGAAUGAUAUGAAACUGUUGGACAAUAUUCAGAACUACUUAUUUUCCACUGAAAAGUUUGACCAACUUUUGAAACUUUUUGUGAACCAACGAGACUUCGGCGACGAUUGUAUUGUAAGAUGUCUUGAAUGCGGUGAAAAUGUAAUCAAAAAUAACGACAAUAUUAUUACCGAUAAUAGUAUUAAAUGGGAAACAAUUAUGACAUAUUGUGUUAGGACUAUUGGCGCCGACGAAGCCAUCACUUUGUUGAAGAACUUUAUCGACAGAAACCCUUUUUUUUCCAUUGAUUUCUAUUUGUUAUUAUUAAGACUUAGAAUGAUAUCUGUAUACCAAUCGCCGGUCACUCGGGAAAAGCUAAACAAACUGAUGGCUCAUUUGAACACAACAAUGCCCGACACACUAAAGUCACCGACGGUUACCAGAUAUCCAUCGGCUAGCAGUUUAACCGCCGGUAUUUCAACCACUAGUUUACCGUCGAACCAGUGGUCAAAUGGUUUUAAAAUAAUUCUUAGCGAAGAAAUUUGCAGUAAAUGUCGAAAAAGUUUUGUUAGAAAUGAUAAAUUAAAAUCAAAUGAAAACAAAUCAAAUGAAAAGUUAGUGGUAUUUAGUUGUAAGCAUAUCUAUCAUAAAAAGUGUCUUAAAUUGCAAAACACUUGCAUUUUAUGUGAUAAACAUAUUAAAUAA